AUGGCAGUGACGACUUCUCUCUCCAUUGAUGCUUCCAACCUGACUUUUUCUACUUUCAUCCUCAUUCCUUAUUCGACGAACGUAAGGCAUACAUUGAAAGCUUUAACCCGGGCCAGAGCAACGCCAACAGCUGAUCUGCUUGAAGCCUUCAAGCAGCAUGAAGCCUGUGAUUUACUGCGAUCUUUUCCGUGGGUAUUCACGAUAGCCCAAGUUCGAACCCCAAUCCUGGGAGCGGAUUUCCUCGCCCACUUUAACUUGUCCGUUAAUAUGUCUUCCCUUUCUUUGGAGGAUAAAACGACCAACAUUACAAGGAAAGGAAUUACAUCUAUUUAUACGAGCACAUGUAUCAGCGCAACUCUACCUGAAGACAACGGAAUGCAGGAUCUGUUACAAAAAUAUUCUCAAAUUACAACACCAUUCCGGUAUACAGAAACCGUUCAUCACAAUGCUGAGCAUCACAUUGAUACUACGGGCCCACCCACGCAUUCCUCUCCACGGCGAUUGAGGCCUGAUAAAUAUAAACUGGCGAAAGACGAGUUUCAGCACAUGCUGGACCUCGGUAUAAUUAGACCUUCUUCGAGUCCUUACUCAUCUCCUCUUCAUAUGGUUCCAAAACCGGACUCAGGAGCUUGGAGACCUUGUGGCGACUUCCGGAAGCUGAAUGCUACUACAAUUCCGGAUAAAUACCCCAUCCCGCACUUGCACGAUUUCGCAGUGGGUCUGCAUGGCGCCACAGUCUUCACCAAACUUGAUCUGGUGAAAGCAUUCCACCAGAUACCAGUGGCCAAGGAAGACAUCCAUAAAACAGCAAUAACUACUCCUUUUGGCUUAUACGAAUUUUUCAGCGUCAACAAGACGAAAACAAGGACAUUCCCUGGCAGAGAGAUCAGCAGUGACCGUGAUGUUGUGAUGACAACCUUCUAUCUCUCUCUGUAA